AUGAAAUCUGAUUGGAUCGACGAAUAUUUAAAUGGAAACUUAACAACCAAAAGAACUUCUAUACAAGAAGAAAAACGAGUCUAUAAUCAUAAGAAAAAAGAGUAUAGAAAACAAGUCUUCAAUUAUAUUGAAGAAGAAGAAAAAAACACAGAAAACCUAAAUGAUAAAGAAAUAACAACAUACUUAGUAUACUCAUUAGUAGUGGCAGACAGACUAAAAGUCAAAACAAGUUUAGAAACUAUUUCAAGAAAAUCAUUCAACGUUAAAAAUUGGUUAAAACAUACUCAGUCAGCAAUAACAGAAUUUGAACCACCAAAAAACUUAAAAAGGCUAACAUCCUUAAUAUCAGAAUAUGAUGAAUCAAUUGAAAAAUAUAGAGAUUGGAGAAAUCAAUUAGAAAAUGUGUUCAAAGCAUUAAGAUUAGAAGACUUAAUUAUAUUUGGAAGAUAUUCCAGAACACCUAAAAAAGGAUACACAUUAAGAGGAAGAAACUAUGAUUCAACAGGAGCAAAUGCACAUAAAUAUAGAUAA